AUCGGCUCUGGAGAAUUUAUUGCUAACUGCAAGAAUCGCAAGACAGAUCUGUGAUUUAUGAAUCUGCAAGAUUAGACAAAUGCGGACGCAUGCCGAGGCGUAUGAUAUUACAGCCGAUCCCGACUGUUAUGACGAAAUCGCGAGCAACGCGUCGUACCUGGCUACAAAACCUGCUUGUUUCGCGGUGUUCGGUCCCCCAGGUUCCGGUAAAAGCACUGUGGCGCGGAUAAUCUCUCAGUUUUGGAAAUGCCUUUUAUUGACGCCGGAAACGGUGGUGACGGAAGCCCUGGCCAGCGCGGACACAUCAGAACGACUGAAAGAGCACCUCAAUUCCCCACACGGUGUUCCCGAGGAUGUAGUGCUGGACCUAUUUCGAGCCAAAGUGCACUCCGACGAGGCGCAACAUUAUGGAUACGUGCUGGAUGACUUUCCUGCCCCCGAUAUCGGCAUAAUGACCGUUCAAGAUCAGUUUGAGAUACUGAAGCGAUUGGAGCUGAAGAUCGAUUUUGUCAUUAUUAUCAGAUUCCCUCUGGAGGAUGCUGUACGCCGCAAAGAAAGGUUGUACUUUCACAGUCCCAGCGGGGUAUUAGUUCCGGAGAAUUUUUUCGAAGAGUCCAAAUCUUACACAGAGCGCCCAGAGGAGUAUGCCACGGAAGGAGAGCCCGUAGAUGGCCAAUCGGCUUUAGUAACGCCUACCCAUGACCAUUCUGAAGCGGAAGACGACGACAAUCCUGAGAAGACCGACGCACCCGACGAGGUCGAACCCGAACCAGUGGGAGCAGAAGAAACGGAAAUGCAGCAGGAAUCAGCUGGAGCGGCAGCAAAGAAGCCGGGGAAGAAAAAGGGCAAGAAGGGCGCUGAUGGCGCCGAUGAAGCGGGUCCGAGCCUUCCAUCCAUUCUUGACAAGAAAACCAAGACAUCGUUUGGCCAUCAUCGACGACCUACCCAUCUGACCGGACCAAAAACACCGGAAGAACUUGUAGUCGCUCAACUGGACAAGCCGAUCGAGGACAUCGAGAAUGACUUGGUCUUUUUUCGUCAACUAUAUUUUCCCAACGCUCCGAUUGAAAACGGGAAGAUUCAGUUUCCCUGUGAAUCAGUUUACAUGCGGCUGGAAGACUCGGUAGAAUGGACGCAGGAAGAUUAUUUGGACUAUAAGCGGACAUUCCUGCCUGAGCUGGAGGUUAGGAAGAAAUAUCUUAAAGGUCACCUUUAGUGAUUGAAUUUGUUUUUGUAGAAUUUUAUGUCCCUUUAUUACCCGCUUCGAGUGGUGGAAAUCGAUGGCAACAUGCCGCUUCACAAAAUUCCAAAUUUGGUACUCUCGCGGUUCGAAUGCAUGCGCCUGCAGAAGCCACCAAUUCCACAUCCUCUCAACAACUUGGUUGCAUUACAAACAUUGAUGGAAGAAGUGCCAGAUGACGUGGAGAAACAGUUUGAUCAAGCACUGGAUGUGGGCGCCAUUUCGCAUCGGUGGAAGUGGAGGAAAAGUGUCUUUGGUAUACUGUGCCCGGUCAGCGUUUACGAAGGAGAAAUGAUUUCCGGAAAAUUGCCGUUCGUUUCAACCUUUCUGGACCGGUUGUACGUUUUUGCGGACGAAUUACGGCAGCAGAAAUUCAUCCGCUGUCCCAGAUUAUACCUGCUGCCGCCCAGUCCCAGAGUACCGAUGCGGCUAGUUGUUCUCGGACCGAUCGGAAGCGGCAAAACUACGCUGGUUCAGAAGAUUUCUGACAAAACCAAAUCUAUGGUUAUCGACGUGGGAGAUUUGGCGGAGCUGGUUACGGCAGAACAGAAAGCAAAAGCUCUCGCCUCUGCCCGGGCAGAAGCCACGGCAGCGGCCAUCCAGCGCGUUCGAUCAAACUUAGAGGAAGAGUUGUUUAAAACUAAGGAAGCAAUGCGGAACCUAGUCAAAGAUCUACGGAUGAUCAAUCCGAACGCGGAUAUACCUGUGGAUGUUAGUGAUAUAUUAAACGAAGAGCGAACCCCACCAGACACACCGUUGGAAGAGAGAUCGUCGUUUGCAGAAUCUGUAUCGCUCACGCGACCGGAAACGCCACGUUUCACUUUGACACCGCAUCUCACCGAAGAACAGGUAGACCGCAUGGAGCAGCUGGAAAAGCAAAUUGUCCAGACCCUCAACAGUUUCCAAGAUUUGACAUCCAGAUUGACCGCCCUGGAUGAUGAGCAUCCGGAUGUGCAGAGCGACGUCGAAAGAUUUAUGGCAACUUUCAUUCCUGAUUUGUCGGUCUUUGAUGCCGAGCGCUACGUCCAGUUGACAAAAGACAGAAUAACUGCCACAAUGGAGCCUGUCACGGAUAAGAACGGCCAAUUUAAAGGGUGGAUUAUGGACAAUCUGUUUCCUCACCCAAACGUGUUUUCUCUCCUGUUGGAUUUGCCGCUCAUCAAUCGGAUUACGGAUGUCGUUAUUCUGGGCGAUUCUACGGAGACCUAUGAAUUGCUGCGGAAGCAUUACAAUGACAACAGCGUAAUGGUGCGCUACGAGAGAGUGAAGACGCUUCCCUUCAUUUCCACCACAACACAGCCCUUGGGCCGCAAUACUCUAGGACUGACGGAGCCAGAAUGGGAAGACCUGCAAGCCUCGUUUCGCAAAGCCUACAAGGAAAUUGCUGUGCUCAAAGAAGCUGGCAGUGCCGCUGGGAUACGAAUACAUGACCUUCAGGUUGGAGAUAGCGCGGACAACUGGGUGAACAUCGUUAUAGAUUCCCACGAGAAAUUAUUCCGGUUUUCGGUUGACGAUUUCAAUGACGAAACACCAGAAGAGGAAGAGGAGCCCGAAGAAGAGGAGGAGGAAGAGAAUGAAGAUGGAACGACAAAGCCAGCAAAAACAAAAACAGACGAAAAUUCUGAAAAAACUAAGCCGAUUGGCGACACAGCCAACUACUGUCCAGUGGCGCUAAAGGAAAUGGAAACACUAUGGCCGGGCAAUGCGGAGAAUGGGGUUUCAAUGUACAAGGACAAAAUCUGUUACUUUAGCAGUCCAGAGGCCAAGGAGAAGUUCACCAAAGAUCCGGAGAUGUAUUUGCCACAUUUACAACCUCCCAAAUUGCCACCAUUGCGAAUAUUUGUCACGGGAGCUGUGGGAUCGGGAAAGACCACCCACGCGCGCAAAAUCGCCGACAUGACAAAUGCAUUCGUCAUAAACAUUCGGAAUUUUAUGAUCGAAGCCUGCACACCAAAACUACAGAAAUCGCCGGUGGAGACGCAUACUUUAGAUCCUCCAACUCCAUACUGGAGACUGCCAAAGCAAGCGUUACCGGGAUCGUCAGAUGUCCCAAAGCGCGAUAAAGCAUUACCCGAAGGAGAGAAGAUCAAGUUGCCAUUUCUUUCGGAUGAUCCAGAAAACCCAAUCCCACUAUCCGCCACUGAACAAGCCUACGCUGACGCCCUUUCUGGCGAUACGGGUUUAUCAACUGAAGUACUGACCGAAAUGUUUGAUAUGUGGUUGAAGGGAAGCCCUUUUGCGGAACACAAUCUGGUGUUCGACGGCUUUCCGAUGUACCCUGAAGAUGCCCGGUUCUUACUAGAGCGUGGAAUAUUCCCUGAUGCGCUGAUUAAGACAUCCGCAUCAGCUGACGGUAUCAUAAAAAGAGAGUAUCCUAAAUGGAAGGCUCACUGGACACAAGAGAAAAAAAAGCGUGACGAAAAGCGACUGAACAGCUACGCAAUGAAGAAGCGCGACUGGGAAAAAAAGCGUGGUGAUAAAAAGCAAGCUCUCUUAGAUGAAUUAGAUGUCCGGAAAAAGGAAAAAGAAGAGGAAAAAGAGCGUGCUCGCUUGGUGGCUCAGGAAAAGGGCGACACCGAAGAAGUCGAGCAAGAAGAGGAUGCCGAAGACGAUGAGGUAUCAGAAAUUGAAGAACUGUUAGAAGCAGAAUUCCCAGAACCGCAGCUGGACGACGAAAAGGGUGACGAAGAAUCCGAAACCGAAGAAGACGCUGACGAGAGACUUCACGAGGAACUGCAGGAGAAAGUCGAAAGUACCAUGAGCAACUUGGACGGCAUCAUGGAGGUAUUUGAAGAGCAAAACGUUCACUCCUUUACCGUCAACACCAUGAAGACUGAAGCUCAGGCAGAAAGGUCGUGGAAGAAGCAUUUAACGUCGGUCCUGGAGACUCGGGAACAUGCUAUGGAAAAAGCGUACACACUUUCGGGCACAAUGGCCAAGCAGAUGCUGGAUGUCCAUUAUAAACGCCUGGGGAAGUUUGGAACAUGGUGUCCCGUCAAAAUUCGCAAAGGUCACCUGUUUCCACCACCUGCUACACAGAGUUCGGAUUGGUUCCCGGUGGUUUACCGGCAGUAUAUUUACUUGUGUUCUGAUCAGCCGGCACGGGAAGAAUUCCUUCGUAGACCGGAACAUUAUGUUCGUCAGGUGAAACCGCGGUUGUGCAUUCCAAUCCGUAUCGCUGUUAUUGGCCCACCGAAAGGUGGCAAGACAGUCUUAAGCCAACGCCUGGCACAGGAGAUUGGCGUUCCGCGGAUAACGAUUGGAGAUGCCAUGCGUUACGUUCAUGAAAGUCUUGGACAUUCUGAGCUUUUCAGAAUUUUGUCGGUCUACCUAGUAUCAGGAACGGAAAUUCCCGAUACUUUAAAUGUUUCGGAAGUUUACCACCGCACGAAAAUAACAUUUCCAUGUCAGUCUCAUAGAUGGAUUCUGGAUGGCUAUCCAACCACCAUAGCGAAGCUAAACAUCAUGAUGCAGCGAUUCAUAAUUCCCACGGUGGUGUUCGAACUGACAGCCAGCAAUAAGUCAUGCGUAUUGCGCUCUGUGAUUGAAAACAUGAGCACCAAAAAUGCUCGAAUCCCAGUUUUCAAUAACUCCCAUGUCAUUGCCACGAGGUUGGCGCACUACAAGAAUAACCUUCCCGAGAUUAACAACUAUCUAUCCGGAAUUUUAAGAAAUCUCGUACAGUACGACGGAGAAGCUUCCAAAUGGAAACUAUGGGAUUCCGCUCUGAGUGUCAUUGCCGAACGAUAUGUCCUAGUGCAGGACUAUGUGGAAAGGCGAGAAAAAGGCUUGCCUGCACCACUGACCGGUCUGUGCGUAACACCUUUCCAACUGCGAUCACGACUAUCCGAUGCAUACGGAUCGUACUGUCCCGUGACUCUGAAUGAGCAAGGCAUCUUGACCGAGUGUUUGGAAGCUCGGAAUGAUCUCCUGAUAGUGGAGUAUAAGGAGAAGUACUAUCUCUUCGCUACAAAGCAGAAUAUGGACAGAUUUCUUGAGCGACCGGAACAGUAUCUGCCACCGCUAGCUGAGAUCACGGUACCUCCACAAGAUCAGCGUGCAGCGGUAGUUGAAAUGUAUGAAAUGGAGUCUAACUGGAGUUUCCGGUUGGGAUUCAGUGGCCUGGAUCCUGUAACCUACUACGAUGCGCAGUACCGAUCCGAUGGGCUGAUCUAUGGAAGCGAGCAUUUUCUGGCGGAUUACCAUGGACUGGUGUACAUGUUUGUGGAUAAAGCAAACCGGGACCGAUUUAUCGCUCAGCCACAAAAGUUCACUGCAGCACCAGCACCAUUGAAGCGGCCACCGCCACCCGGUGAUACCGGGGAAAGAACGGAUGUGUCGAUUGUUCCGUAUUUGGAAACCCGAUUGGGACCAUUCCUUAUGCAGGCCCUGAUCGAGGUGACCGAGCUGAGGCCCAAGUAUCCUCGAUGCGGCUACAAAGAAUCCGCCAUGAUUUUCCUAGCAAAUUACCUUAAAAGUAAAAACCCUAACAUGCAGUGGGAUGAGCGCAAUAUGCACGCGGAAAAAUUACGCAAAUAUGAAAACGUCUCACAAUUAGCCGCGGAUCUGUUCGUUAAUAUCAAGGUUCCGUUUGGGAGCACUGCGGUGCCGGUGGCAAAAGACGUUUUGUCAAGAGGUAGUGAGUUGGAGAAUGUUAAAUCCGACUUGAUUGUUGAAUACGGGAAGCUGCUGCCUUUUUGAAAUGUUCUGUGCUUUUGAUAAGGCCAUCGCCUGUCCGCGUGUUAAUCCUCAACGGCGCUUACAACGUCGUUGCGGCUGCUACAUAGUGUGGCCGAAACACAAAGUAAUACUUGCCGUCAGUUUACUAGCUACUAUUGCUCAAUAAUUAUUUAUAAACCUGUUCCUUAACAAGGGAAAACCUGAUUGUAAAACAGUAACAGUGCCAGGUUUGCGGCUGAUCUUUCGCAGCUGA